UAAAACAAAGCAUUGCAAAGCGUUGUGAUAAAUGAACCGUCUGUUCAGCAGACACAAUUGUAAAUUCAAUUUGAAAAAGUUACAGUAUCUUUUCCUUUGUAUGUAUACAUGUGCUUCUUUGUUUCAAUGUGCAAUUACAGUUGUUAUAAUGUAAGUCAAUGCACUGUCUAUGUAUUUAUGUUUCAUGCUUUAUUUAGACGCAGUAGCGGGGCUGAAGACCUAUAAGUGGAGGUGAAGUUAGAUCCCUCAUUGUAGUUACAUGAACCUACAAUUUGUUUACAUUUGACUCGUUUUGGAAAACGAAACUGACAAAAAUGUGUUUAGUUGAAUUACAAUUAAGCUGAAUAUCAAGAAAUGGCAAAUCUGGAAGUGUUGUAUCCUUAAAAAAAAAAAAAAAAAAAGACUUGUUAUUGCCCCCUGAUGAAACACAUUCCCAUAACAUUACUAGCUAUUGGAAAAGACCUAGGAUCCAUUAUUGAACGAUAACCAGUGUUCAAAGACAGUUAUUGUAUUUGUAUAUUUGAAAGAUGUAUUUGAUAAUAAGCAGAGUUGCUUUGCCACCUCAUUUUAGAAAGAUAAUUCACAGAGCAGUUAUUCAGAUUUCCUAAAAAACCCUUGAAAGAGUAAGUAGCUUGAAAUUACAUUUUUGUUUGCUAUUUUUUCUUUUUUUUAUAUUAGUAAAUAUACUUUGGCUGAUCUGGCCUGUGAUGUAUGCAUUUUGCAGGCAACUAAACCUGAAGAGCCUCUCUGAAUCCAUAGUCAAAGCACCUGAACACUUCCUAAAGAAAAUAUCAAUUACAUAUGUUAGGAGACUCCACUUUACAACCUAAAGAAGGUGCUAAGGCAAUCGACAUUGGUAAACAAAAGAGACUAGCAAGACCCACUACUGCAGUGUUAAUCAGGAAAUCAAGUGAAUCGACCAUGUCUGAAAACAAUCUCAACCAUCCAGUGAUACCCCCAAAAAGGCCAGCCUUUAGGGUCUGUUAUAUAUGUGGAAGGGAAUUUGGCUCAAAGUCAAUUGACAUCCAUGAGCCAAAGUGCCUGGAGAAAUGGCAUAUUGAAAAUGAGAAAUUGCCAAGGCAUCAAAGGAGACCAGCACCUCAGAAACCUGAAACCCUGUCUGGUGGCAGUGCAUAUGAUGUUGAGGCUAUGAACAAAGCAGCAUGGCAAAGUUCAAAAGCUCAGCUUCUUCCCUGUGAAAACUGUGGCCGCAGGUUUCUGCCUGAUCGCCUUCCUGUUCAUCAAAGGAGCUGUAAACCAAAGCCAGGUGCCCUGGGACCCUCUAAAACUAGUACCACCCAGGAAACUUUGUCCGAAAGCAUUUCAAACUCAUCUCAAAAAGCACAACCCAAACCCCGAACUUUACUUUGUUACAUCUGUGGAAGGGAAUUUGGGACACAAUCGCUUCCAAUCCACGAACCAAAAUGCCUGGAAAAAUGGAAGAUUGAAAAUGACAAGUUAUCAAAGAAACUUCGCAGGCCUCUCCCACAAAAACCACAAGCCAUUCAAGCAGGGGGGGCCACAAGGGAAAAACAAAAUGAGGCUGCUUACCAGAGCUACAAGGAUCAGCUUCUACCCUGCUCUAACUGUGGCCGCACCUUUGCAUCUGACAGGCUCCUUGUCCACCAGAAGAGCUGUAAGAAUAAAACUACUGGUCUCAGUGUCAAGACAGUCUCCCUCACUAAUGAGGUGACAUGUCAGAAUAAUCAGGGUACCAUCAAGAAACAAAAUAAUGAAACCUCCUCCAGACCAGCUGAGAAGCCAGCAAUAGUGAGGCGGCCAGCAACUGUUGUUUGCUACAUUUGUGGACGGGAAUUUGGAUCCAAGUCUAUUAGUAUACAUGAACCACAGUGUUUGAAAAAAUGGCACAUUGAAAAUAGCCAGUUGCCAAAGAGUCUCCAAAGAACAGAACCUAAAAAGCCUGAAGUGAUGGUGGCCACAGCUACAGGCUUCUAUGAUCUUGAGGCACAAAACCAAGCAGCCUGGCAAAAUGCCCAGGCCCAGUUGGUGCCUUGUGAUAUCUGUGGGCGGACUUUCCUUCCAGACAGACUGACUGUCCACCAGCGAUCUUGUAAACCUCGAAAAUAAAGUGGUACUAACACACACCCUUCAUGGGAAAUUACACAGUAGUUAUUAAAGAUGGAUGGAAGGAAAAUCUGAAAGACAUAAACUGUCUUCCACAUUCUGAGUUUUGUGUGUGUGUGUGUGUGUGUGUUUGUGUGUGAGACAGCUGUGAACAUUUACAGAAUUUUCCCCAUUUGGCAUUUGUUAGCAAUUAUGUCAUCAACUUACUUUUUAACUUUGCAGUACAACACAAUUUAUGUAUUCUUUCAUUGACUGAAUCAUUUGAAGUUUAUCUUAUGGGCUGUUUUUUUCCCUAAAGAUUUAUACAGUAUGUUAAGUGUUUAGUUCAUUAGUACUGAUUUUUAGAAACAGGUAUAUAUAUGGUUAGAGAAAAGGACUUGUAACCAGGAGGUCCCUGGUUCAAAUCCCAGCUCACUCACAGGCUCACUGUGUGACCUUG